ACAUCAGUCAUCAUGAAUGAAUGCUGGAAAGUGAAUUAUCUUCAGUCAAUUUAGGGCGUGGCUCACUGCAUUUUUUCCCGUUGCCAUGGUGUUGGGUUAGUGUUGUGAAGAUGGAAGUCUAUCAACCAGUGGAGAGGUACGGUCACUCUACAGUACAGGUAGGAGACUACCUGUACAUGUGGGGUGGGUACCAGCCUGAUCUCCCUGAAGUACACAAUAACGAGAAAAAGAAAUCAAUGUGUUCUGUAGUGGAGGUCUGUCACCUACCAACUGGUGAGUGGGUACAAAAGCCUACCACUGGUGACCUUCCACUUGGUGUCAAGGACUAUGCUGCUGCUGUCAUUAGAAAUGAAAUAUAUUUUUUUGGAGGAGAUUGUGGUCAUUAUGACUGUUAUCAUAAUAGUUUAUACAGUUUUAAUGUUGAUACCUUCAAUUGGAAGGAACUCUCUCCUACUACAUCUCAUCAUGGCCCUAUGAUGAAGGAUGGCUCCGGCAUGAUAGCAAUAAAAGUGAAAGAUGAGGACUAUUUUGUAGUAAUUGGAGGGUGUGGACCAUCUUCUAAUAAUACCCCACAACAACCUGGUGCCCAGUACAGUAAAAGUGGUGAUAUUCAAUGGUGCAAUGAAAUACACAUGUACAGAUUAAAAACUGGUGAAUGGACUUCACCAACUGUCACUGGAGACAGACCACCUCCUAUUAAUGACUUCACUUUAACAUCAAUAAUUAAUACCACUGCUAUAUUGUUUGGUGGUUAUUUUGGUGAUCUGAGAUGGAGUAAUGAUGUAUAUGUAUUUGAAUUUACUGAUACAUCAGUGAAAUGUAAAAGGUUUUCUAAUCCUGGAGGAUCAGUACAGUGGCCUAAGGAGAGAAAUUGUCAUUCCAGUGUAUUGAUCAACUGUAGCUCAGGACCACACCUACUAGUGGUGGGUGGAUUGGGUACCAGUGACUGUUGGUUGUUAAAUAUAAACAAAAUGGAAUGGAAAGAACUGGUAAGUAUUAUAAUAUAAUUGUGGUGAGCAUGAGUGAGUCCUACUAGUACGAGACCACUGUGAUCUGUCUGUCUGUACAUGUACGUCACUCCUCAAUGAUAAUCAAUUUAAUACAGUACAACUGGUCAGUAUAGACAUGUGCAUAUGAUAAA